AUGCUUUACAAGGUGGAUUUAUUUGUCCAAACUUUAACCGAUGUACUUCGAAUGGUUUUGUUAAUUGGUGUUAGUUUUGAGAGACAUCAGGCGAUAGCAGCGCCUUUUAAAAAAGAAAUUGUUGGCGAUGUUUGCGUGUACAAUAACAAAAAUCGCGUACAGGGCAAACGACGGGUGGAGAUGCGCGCGGCAAAAAGAAUCGGCAUUGUGAUGGGAACGUUUUUGAUGUUUUGGUUACCGUAUCCGAUAACUGUGGUAGUGUGUAGAAACGUGUCUUUUUCUGGUUUCCAUGGUGAGGAGUGUAGAAGUGCUUUAAUUCUUUUGGCCAGCGUCAGCACCUCAACGGCUUUACUUAAUCCGUUAUUAUAUAUACUUACAAAUAAACAACUUAAAGCGGCCACACUGAAAUUCUUAAAAUCAAAGAUUAGCUGUGGGCCUAAAUCCCGACACUAA